CAAAUUAUGAGUAAGAGUGUAAAAAGGAAAACUGCAUAUUACAGAAUAAUUUCUGCAAAACACUAUACCAUGGACAGACGACGAAUGACAAAGUUUGCAGUCGAUAGAAUCCUCUGCGCAUGUUCUUCGAAUGAUACAACGAUAUAAGACAGAAAAAUCCUUCGUAUAAUCGUUGGGAAGAAACAUCUGUUACCGUACUUGAAAACACGUUUGCACUAUUGCGAGGGGAACAUUAGAUAUUAUUUAAUUGUGCGAGGGUUGGAAUAUAAUACAAUAGCGUGAGGAAUCAAUUCGACGUUCAAAGUAACAUUUUUAUGUGAAAUUUUCUGUAGAAUAGAACGAAAGAAAACGUUAGUAUGUCUUCGAGAGGAGUAAACUAUUUCGAUCAGAAUAAUACUCUUAAUCGAUUAAUUUUAUUUAUGAUCGGCGUAGGACCUUAUGAAAAUUCAAAGGAACGAUUUGUUCGAGUUUGUUUGUUAACUUUGUUCUUUAUACCUUUGUUCGUUCAUCAGAUUUAUCAAUUAUACAUGAUGGACUUUGAGAUGAAUUUGACUGUUAGAUGGAUGCAGUUAUUUUUACCCGGUCUAUGUACGAUAAUUACAUAUUACACCGUUGUUUACAAUUUUACAACUGUGAAGUUAAUUUAUGAACGUAUAAUGAAUGAUUAUGAACAGCUUUUGGAUGACGAGGAAUUGGAUAUUGUAAAAAAGUAUAAUAAAGAAAGCAAACUAUACAUGUUACUUAUUGCUAUCAUCUUCAAUAUUUAUCACACUUUAAUUAUUUACCCAUCUAUGUUAAGUGUGAUUUUAUAUAUCGUUGGUUUAUCGGAUAAUAUUCAAUUCAUAUUGCCAAUACCAGUUAAUUAUAUAUCUGAUUCACGAGCAUUUUAUGGUGUACUUAUUUAUGAACUCGUAGGACUUACCGUCUUAACUGUGAUAGCAUUUAUAACUUUCACAACGUAUUUGAUGUUAAUACAACACGCAUGCAAUCAAUUUAGCAUUCUUAUAAUGAAAACGCUUCAGCCAUUUAAGAAAAAACAAGAUUGUAUCGAACAGGAUUUUUAUUAUAGUGGACCUCAGAAGGAGUACGAUUGGAUAGUUGAUAUAAUAAAUCGUUAUAUAAAGGCCACGCAGUUCGUUGACCUGAUAAAUUCAUUAUCCGAGAUAAUUUAUUUAAUCGAAAUUUUCUUUGGGAUGAUCCUGAUUGUUGUUGAUUUUAUUUACACGUUUCAAAUGUCUGUACUAUUAGAGAAUACAGGCGAAGCAAUAGGAUGUUGUAUCUACAUCGUUACAUCUGUAUUUCUUAUAUACAUUAAUUUUUAUAUUGGACAAAAGCUCUUAGAUCACAGUAAUGCAACAUACAUGGAAUUGUGUAAAGUUCCAUUCUAUGCACUUACUAUCAAAACUCAAAAGCUUUUUUUAUUCAUCAUAACAAGAAGUAUGAAGUCAACCGAACUUUCAAUAGGAGGUUUAUUCGUUUCUUCUCACGAAGUUUUCGCUGCGUUAAUACAAAAAGCAUUUUCGGUUGCUACAAUGUAUUAUAAUAUGCAAUAAGCAAAAUUGAUCUUGUAAUAGUGAAAAUAUGUAUGAUAGUGUAAUAGUGAAGAUAUUAAAUUUCAUUUAUUAGUAUCAUUACUUCCAAAAAGAAACAAAAAUAUUAAAAACCUAUACUGACAUGUAGUAAAUACCACGAUUAUAGUAAAUAUUAAAAUGUAUAGUACGCACAUCAGGAUUUACUUUAAGAAUAAUAGUAGAUAAAAUGCUAGACAAAGUCUACUGCAAGAUUAAUCAAUGUCUUAGCUAUUUCUUGUCUC